AUGAACGCCGAGGCAUAUUUGCGCAAGCAAGGCUGGCAGGGCUCAGGUCACUCUCUCGAUCAAACCGGCCGCGGUAUUAAAAAGCCACUUCUUAUCGCGCACAAGAACGAUCAACUAGGACUCGGCAAGAAGAAGGCCGCGCAUACCACAGAUGAUCAAUGGUGGUUGCGCGCAUUCGACCAGAGUUUGCAAAGUAUUGGUACGGGCAAGGAUAGCACACUCGACCAGAUCCGAACCCAAGGCAUCUACCGCGGCGGUUUAUAUGGAUUUUUCGUAAAGGGCGAACUUAUAGGGGGUACCAUCGGAGAUAGCUCAGCGACUACUACAGACGUCUCCAACCCAGCGUCCGGCACGAGCACACCUCCAACGUCCGCAUCCGACACCGAAACGCCUGCGCCUACCAAGGAGAAGUCGGACAAGAAGAACAAGCGCAAGCGAGAGGAGGCACAUGCAUCGUCCACCAAGAAGAGCAAGAAGGUCAAGGAUGACGCCGCCGAAACGAAGGAUGACGAGAAGGCCGUAGCAAGGAAGCUUGCGAAGCUGAAGCCUGCGGACAAGACCGACUACGAGACACGCGCGAAGGCAAAGGGCCAGACACUCGAGCAAUAUGUCCUUCGUCGCAUCCAGAAGAAGAUCGAGACGCGCUCUCCCAAGCCUGUUGAAGUAGUCAAAGAGAAGAAGCAAAAGCCAGACAAGAAGGAGAAGAAGAUUAAAAAGGCAGCAAUGGCGUAA